AUGGCUCUUCAACUUCCCCUGAUUGCUUCUCUGCCUUAUGGUUCCCUCACUAAAAAUACUAAAACAUUCUCUUCUGGUUCAACCCUGUUCAAAAGCUUCAACGUCCCUUCUCUUACAGUCCAAUGCAAGGCCUCGUCAUCAGUUAGUGUUUCUGAUCACAGAAAGCAAGUUUCUCGUCGAUCUGGAAAUUUCAAACCUGAUGUUUGGAACUAUGAUUAUAUUCGGUCCUUGGAUAAUAAAUACAAGGAACAAGCAUAUGAAGAAGAAAGAAGAAAUCUCAUGGAAGAAGUAAGGAUACUGCUUUCAGAAACGGUGAAUCCAGUGGAUCAACUUGAGCUUAUAGAUACCUUACAAAGGCUCGGACUAAGUUAUCAGUCUAAAGGUCAGAUAUGCAAGAUACUGGAAAAUAUUUAUAACGCGGAAAAGUUCAAGAACAAGAAGAAUCUACAUGCCGCAGCACUUGAGUUUCGACUCUUAAGACAGCAUGGCUAUGAUGUAUCCACAGAUGCCUUUGAUAGUUUUAAAGACGCAAAGGGUUGUGAUUUUCAAACAAGUCUAUCUCAGGAUAUCAAGGGAAUGAUUUCUUUAUAUGAAGCCUCGUUUCUUUCAAUGGAAGAUGAAACCGUUUUGGAAAAAGCAGCAGAUUUCACAUUGAAAUCUCUGAACGAUUUCGUGAGCAACAACACAGGACAUGAACUGACAAGCCAAGUGAAACAUGCUUUGGAGGUUCCAUUACAUUGGAGGCUUCCAAGAUGGGAAGCACGUUGGUUCAUUGGUGAAUAUGAAAGAAUGCCUCAUAUGAAUCCUACCUUGCUUCAGCUUGCCAAACUGGAUUAUAACAUGGUUCAAGCAAUGUUUCAGGAAGAGGUGAAGUCUAAUAUAAGAUGGUGGGAAAGAACUGGCCUGGAAGAGAAGGUGAGUUUCUGUAGGUGUAGAGUGGUGGACAACUAUGUAUGGGGCCUAGGAAUGCAAGAUGGGCCAGAUUUUGGAAAAUUAAGAAGAGUCAUUGGGAAUCUUUGUGCCAUAAUAACCCUAACAGAUGAUAUGUAUGAUGUUUAUGGCACUUUGGAAGAAUUAGAGCUCUUCACACAGGCCAUUCUCAGGUGGGAUGCAAAUGACUUGGAUAAUCUUCCAGAUUACAUGAAAGUGGUAUUUUUUGCAAUUUAUAACUUUGCGGAUGAAGUGGCUUCUGAAAUUCCCGAAGAAAAAGGGCACAACGUCCAUUCAUACCUCAAGACAAGGUGGCAAGAGAUCUGUAAAGCAUAUAUGGUAGAGGCAAGAUGGUCCCACGGCGGAAAAACACCAAGGCUGGAAGAAUAUUUGGAAAAUGGAAGGAUUUCGAUUAGUGGACCUCUGUUUCAUCUGCAUGCUUAUCUGUUCUUGGCUAAUAAUCCUAUCAGCAACCACCACUUGGAUUCCUUGGAUCCUCAUUCAUGUCUGGUUUACUUCUCAGGCCUUAAUUUCCGCCUCCUCAAUGACCUCGGAUCAUUUCAGCGUGAGCUAAAGACACGGGAUGUGCCCUCCGCAAUACAGUGUUACAUGAAUGAUACAGGAGCUUCUGAAGAAGAAGCCAUCCAACACGUAAAGUGUUUGGUAUAUAAAACGUGGAAGAAGCUGAAUGAACAAGUUGCCACAUCGUCCUUGUCUCGUGAUUUCAACGUUACUGCCUGGGAACUUUCGAGGAUAGCAACGUUCUUUUACAAUUAUGGAGAUGAUACCUACACUCUUCAGCAUUCUGAUUUCGAGCAUCGUGUUAAUUUGUUAAUUUUUGAUCCCAUUCCCAUCUAG